AUGUCGAAUCCCAUUAUCCCCCUUCUCUCCAAGGAACUUCUCAAUGGAGAGAAUUUUCCCAAAUGGAAGUCAAACAUCAACAUUGUGUUGAUCGGCGACAACUCCAAGUUUGUUAUGACUGAAGUUUGUCCUGACGUCCCUGGUGAUUUAUCUUCAAAAGAAUCAAGGGAGAAGUACAAGCGUUGGCUCACUGCCAACAACAAAGCCAAGGUGCACAUGCUAGCUAGCAUGUCGGACAUGCUAAGGACGAAGCUGGAGGAUGUCAAAACUGCCUAUAAAAUGAUGGAGCAGCUUCAGGAAAUGUUCGAACACAAAUUUGGACAAGAUCGUUUCGAGGCAACGAAGAAGUAUGCUAAUGCCAGGAUGGCGCCUGGAAUGCAUGUUCGUGAUCACUUCAUCACGAUGAUGAACUACUUUCAAGAGCCAGAAUUGCACGGAGACACCAUAAAUGAUCAAACUCAAGUGGGGCUUAUUCUGAAUAGUCUUUCUCCCAGUUUUCUUCAAUUCUUCACCAACUACUUACUAAACAAACUAUAG